UGCGGUACUACAGAGUGUGCAAGAGAUUCAAGAUGGAAGACGGUGACAAUAAAGUAGAAGUUGAGCUGGGUAAAGAUAAAAAAUCAUAUGCUGGCAUACCAGAAGCCGAUUUUGUAGAUGAUGUGGAAGCUUUUAUGGCAAAACCAGAAAAUGAAUCUGUCGAUAAAGUACUCAGGAAGUUUGACGAAAAUCAUGGAAAGUAUAAAUUUAUGGAGUAUAAUCUGGCCAAUAAGAGAAGACGGUUGAAGGCACAGAUACCAGAUUUAGAAAGGUCCUUAGAAAUGAUUGAGAAGUUACAAAUUGAGAAGAACAAUAGUCAUAAUUUGGAAACGCAGUUUCUACUGUCUGAACAAGUUUAUGCGAAAGCAAUCAUACCACCUACAGAUAAAGUAUGUUUAUGGCUGGGUGCUAAUGUGAUGCUAGAAUAUACCUUAGAUGAUGCGCAAGAAAUGCUGACCAAGAAUAUUGAAGCAGCAAAGAGGAAUUUAGGAUAUGUAGAGCACGAUCUGGACUUUGUUCGAGAUCAAUUUACCACCAUGGAAGUAAACAUGGCACGUAUUUACAACUGGGAAGUGAAGCGCAGACAAGCAGCUAAACCAACAUGAAGAAGUCAUUCAUUUUAAUCUCACAUGAAAUUCGCCUAAAACCCAAGAGGGUACUUACAAUACAUUAAUAAAGUUUACAAUACAAAAAAGCUUCUGGAUAUAAAACACCAUUAAAAUUGCUGUAAUAAAAGACUUGGGAACUUAUUUGAUUAUAAAUUUGACACGUCGAUAAAGUAUUUAUGUACAUUGUUAUUACAAAUACAUUUGAAUUUCUAAACAG